UUUACUUCUACUUUUUUAUGAUUUUGACUACUGAUGUUAUGUUUGUGUACUCUUCGUAAUUGACCAUGAGUGAAGGUGGACUUUUGAACAGAAGCAGGAGUUAAAAAUGUGCGAUCCAUGUCGAUAUUUAAGGAGGUGCAUAAGCUGCCAUGGCGUGUGCUGUCCUCGACCAAGUUGCUGUGAGCGAUCUUGUGCCUCUAAUAUGAGGAAUUGUCGCGUCGUGUUUCCUGGGGAGUUCCAAAAGUUCUCGGACGUCGUGACGCCCAGUUUUCUUCUAAAGACGCCAGAGCGCCCAAAGAAACGGAAACGAUCGAAAAGUUGCUCAGCCUGUGGCGACAAUUGUAAGGAUCCGUGUUCAAACAUGGAUGCGUGUGCGGAGAGUUGUGAGAAUCCAUGUCAAGAUGGUGUGAAUGGAUGCAAGAAUCCUGAAGAUUCCGAACAAGACGAUCUAGCUAGGACUGGAGCCUACGGAACUGGCUAUGGCUUCCAGCCGGGACAACCGACUAUUAUUCCGUGUUAUGGAACCUACGGACCGUCAGGAAAUGCUAUGAUUUUUGGUAUCCCGCCACCGACUCAAUAUGGAGACUUUGGUGUCCCUGGUCCCAUAGUUCUACCAGUGGCUCCACCAUCCUCGUUAGGUCAGGGUGAUCCAAGAUCUAUUCCAGCGGCAGGUCUACCCACACAGUACACAAAUAAGUUUAAUCCCUGUACCGGAGAAGUCUACGAAUGCGGAGAUCGGCAAAUGCCACCUGGAAGGCUACAAGGAACGGCGCAAGUACCUUCCUAUAAUCAAUUUAUUCAGGAUUUAGGCAUGGGCUUUGCACCCAAUAGUCAGUAUAUUCCAUUCAAUGAAUCAACAUUCCUACCACAUCCAAUAAAUCAAAGCCCAGUCACUCCUCCCUCAGGAGGAAGUGCACCACUCUAUAGCCGCAAUAAUCAAGCCAUGAACUGUGAGCCCAAUAAUCAGAAUUAUAGCUAUACUGUUCCCCAAUCAACGAAUCAAGUUCAUGUUGGUGCUAACAGAUCUGAAGUAUAUAACCAGCAGAGUCAAGCCACACAUUCAAGGGCAGUUCCCCAAUCAGAGUCAUCAAGGGGACAACUGCCUCAUGGUGUCACUAGAUCAAAGUCUCCAAAUCAACGAAGCCAACCUACGGGACAUCAUUCAAGCAGAGCUCAUGCCCAUAUCAAUUCUGAAAUUGUUUAUGCUAGUCCAGGUGGCCAGAGGUCCAAGUCGCUCAGUCACCGGAGCGAGUCAAGGGAAGGUCGUUCUGGAAAACUACAAGCCCGUAGACCCACCGGCUAUCCUCAUUCUAAUAGUGGUGGAGAAAGAAAUACGGAUCUUAGGGCCGCGCCCAAGUCAAUGGCAUCCGCGGGUGAAGUGCGUUCUCGUGAUAACAGAUCGCACGAUUCAAGAAAAAGAAAUAAAUCUGUAGAAGCACCUACCAAUCGACAGCCCUUACUUUAUGGCCAGCAGAGCGUGGGCAUGGGCAUCGAUCCAUCCAAUCAGUAUUAUCCGUACAACGAAUGCACUCCACUUAAUGCCACAUUUGUCCAGGACAAUAAUCCUUUUUAUGAUCAGCCAGGACAUGAUGUGAAUAGACCGCAAGCAGCAAGAGCACCAAACUUAUCGAAGGCAGGACUCAAAAAGGAUACAAAUUCGAAUAAAGUUCCAUCAAACUUUAAGCCAUCGAAGGAUAAAUCCAGUAAAUGCUGCUGCACUCGGUUCGAUCCCAACAAUCAAUACUAUCCUCCUCAUUACGUUUCCGAAGCAUCUGAUUGUCCACCGAGUGAAAACGCAAACUCUGGAAAAAAGAAGACGCAGGAUAAGAAUUGCUUGGAGCUUCUCAGCCGUCUCACCGAGUCCUGUCCUCCGUGUGAUCUGCAGAAGUGGUGUCACCUCCUGAUGCCGAAGGACAAGGACAGGGGCAAAAAGCAAGCGAAACCGUCUGCCAAGAAGAAUAAGAAACCGAAUGGCUCAAAGAUCAAGAACAAGAUGAGCGAGCACAGCAGCAAGGAAAUAGAAGAUACCGAAGCAUCACCAGUGGAAAUUCCAGAAAACGAGAAUGCCGACUGCCCGUGUAACUGCAAGAAACCAUGUCCAUCGCCCCCGACAAAACCAGAAAUGCGCACAUGCGGCUGCUCCGCCAAUUUGUCUGAGGAAAACGAAGAUCCUCCACCAGCACCCUCCAAUCCUCAACCAGCACCCUGCAAUCCUGCUCCAGCGCCAGUAAACACCUGCUGCAUGCCCUGCUCGAACCAAUGUCCUUGGUCCUGGUACUUUAAUCCCUGCACCGGCUGUUACUACUACUGCGCGAAUUGCUGCAAUGGCUGUCGUAAUUGCUGCAAUUACUGCUGCAGUCCGUGCGGUCGCUGUUGCAGCAACUCCCCUGCUGCUCAGCUGGAGAAGAUUCCUCCGAAGCCGAAGCAAAAGGAAAGGCCAGACAGAUCGUCCACUGGCACGCGAAAUUCCGGCGGCGCGACUGUGAGUUUGGGGAGCUGUGCUCCGCCUCCUCCGCCUCUUCCGUUUGCACCCUGGAACUGCCCAAGGCAAGAGGUUUCAACCAUGCCAGGCUAUUCUCCGACUGCGUCGCCACACUUCAGCUCCCCAUACAGUGGGAGGUGGGUGGCUGGGGGUGUGGAUAUUCAUCGGAACUAUCAACGAAACAACCAAGGUCCUUCAUUCAAUGUCAGCCGAGUGCGCCAUGCCUAAAUUAAACGUUGAAUAUUUUUUACAUUUUCACACAAGCCUAUCUCUAAUUAAAAAACUUCUUAGAAUGUGCACAUCUCCUCCUUUUUAAUUAUUGAUAAUUUAAAAACAGGCAUAUUUCUACGAUUUUCCUUAGUACUUUUUAUUAGUUCAAAUCGGUAUUUUGUUUCUUUUUCAUUUUAUACACUCUUUUAUGUGUUUCUCUCUUUUGUAUACCAUAUACAUAUAUAGAUUUUUUCAAAAGUUUUGUGGGCUUUGCUUGUAGAAAAACUUAAAAAGUUUCUUUAAAAUAUAAAUUUCUUGUCAUAAAAUUAAAUACAUCUUUAAAGUUGUUUUAGAAAAGACCUAACUAAAAACUAUGAACAUAGCACAUUGUAAACAUGUUUGUGUAGUGCAGCCAUAAAUAUUGUAUGGUAUGUUUAUAAUAUAAUAAUAGGGGAAUAUUAGAUUGUUAAAUAAGAAAAUAGGCAUUACAACUACGGAGAAAUUCUAGCACAUGAUAUAUGGAUCUGGGUUCUCCCGCUUCCUCCUUUAAACAUAGAUUUAAACUGAGUUUGGCUUGCAUAUUGCCCUUUACGUUAUGUAAUGUGGUUUGCUUGGUUAGCUUUCGUGUAUAUAUAUAUGUAAACAUAUAUAUAAUAUUAUGGUUAUCUUACGACUAUAUGGACUCUUGUCUGCCCUUAUUCAUGUUGCAUCUGCACUCGUUAUAAGCUUUAACAAUUAUGGUUGCCGCGCGGGCCAAAAUUAUAAAGAAAAACAAAAACUACAUACAUCUGCAUAGCUCAAACUAUUUACAUUGGACUGUUUUUUUUUCUUUUUUUUUUGUUGGGAAACUUUGUAGACCAGAAAUUAGGUGUGGAUGGUUUUUAAAUUAUUUGUAGGUAUGUCUAUGUAUGGAUAGUGUAGUUUUUGUUUCAAUCACAUGUUUGCACUCCCAACGAAAA